GCAGCCAGCCAACGCCUCGGCGCUCGGUAGCCCGUGGCGCUCAAGCGGCGGCUUCGGCGACGGCGAAGGGGAUGAGGAUGGCCGCGCUGGCGAGCCCGGCCGAGCGGGCCGUCUUGGAAGAAGAAUUUAAAUGGCUUUUACGAGAGGAAGUUCACUCCGUCCUUCGUCAGCUGCAAGAGAUCCUGAAGGAGGCUUCUCACCGCUUUAAUUUGCCAGCCAGCAGCUCAGAAGGGCCCGUGAAACAGGAGAACUUUAUACUGGGCAGUUCCAACGUUGACCAGGUGAAAGGAGUCCUAACUCUCCAGGGUGAUGCUCUGUGUCAAGCGGACAUUAACCUGAAAAUGCCCAGAAAUAACCAGUUGGUGCACUUUGCCUUCCGGGAUGACAAACAGUGGAAACUCCAGCAAAUUCAGGAUGCCAGGAACCAUGUCAACCAAGCAGUCUACCUGCUUACCAACCGGAGUGCCAAUUACCAGUUCAAGACGGGAUGCGAAGUUCUCAAGCUGAUGGACGCUGUGAUGCUGCAGCUGACACGAGCUCGGAACCGGCUCACCACUCCUGCUACUCUGAGCUUGCCAGAGAUCGCCAGCAGUGGACUCACGAAAAUGUUCACUCCAGCACUGCCCGGAGAUAUCCUGAUCAACUUCUACAUCAACCUAAAUAAGCUCUGCUUAACCGUCUACCAGUUGCAUCCUUUGCAGCCCAGUUCCACCAAGAAUUUCCGCCCAGCUGGAGGGUCCAUCCUGCAUAACCCCGGGGCCAUGUUUGAGUACGGAAACCAAAGAUAUGAAGUCAGCCACGUGCACAAGGUGGAGUCUGUGGUGCCCUGGCUGAACGAUGCCCUGGUUUUCUUCACCGUCUCCCUGCAGCUUUGCCAGCAGCUCAAGGAUAAGAUUGCUGUGUUUUCCGGCUACUGGAACUAUCGGCCCUACUGAUCUUCCUGCAGAGUGUGGUCCGGUCAGUUUCAGCCAUUCUCUCCCCGUGAAGAUCUCAUAAUAUAAACUGUUAACCUGUGAAGAACAUCCCAAUUCUGCCACUCCAUGGGUAGUAGCUGACGGGCAGGAGGCAACAUCAGUGUCUUUGUAUUCAGAAUGUCAUUAUUUAUUAGCACUUUAGAAGUACCUUCAUUCCUUUCCAUGGGCAUCAAAGCCAGGCUGAGCCAAUAAACACUGAUCAAACUGCACCCCGUUCGGGGGAGGGUGGGAAGGUUGUUACAAACGAGUGGGGAUGAAGAGCAGCCUUUGCUGACCUGCAUUGGGCUUGUCUCAGAAAGACCAACUAUGGGGUGGGUCACCUCUUGUUCCUCCCUUGUCAUGUUUUGGGUUUUGUUUUGCCUCCCGCCUGCCCUUUCUCUAGCCUUUUGCACCAUUGUGAUACUUAACUUCCAUAAGUGAAAGCGUUAGUUAGAGGGACACCUGGUUUUUUUGGUAGUAGGUCACCCCCUAUUUCUUAGAAGCAGAUAGACACUGCUGCUUCAUCAGGUCUUCCAGAGAACCUUUGCUGCCCACCAAACAGUAGAAAAGACCAAAGUGGUCUUGCUAAUAUAACAAAGUUGGUUGCUGCUAAACAUACGUGAAUCCUAAUCCCUGCUCCUAGUAUUGUGUGUGGAAUAAACCUGUCCGGUUCUCGUGGUUCGUGGCUUGGUGUUUUGGGAGAAGAACCUUUGACAGAGGAUUCUUUGGGGGAGAGGUGGUGGGACAUGCAUGAGAGAUGAAGAGGAAAAGAUGGACAAAUGGAACGAAUUUCUGUUUGCUCCAGAAUGGCUAAAUUCAGUCCUGGACCAAAAUAACCCAGAAGUUAAUUUUCUUGACAGGGAAGGAUCCAGGCUUUUUAUCCAUACUGGUUGGUGUAUUUUAAUCACAUGUGGAUUCUCCCCACCCUCUGUUGGGUCUGUCAAAGCUUGGAUGGAGGGGGAGGGGAGACAUCAAAACAAGCACCUUUUCUUCAGUCGCUUUUCAGCCAUCCAAGUUUAUUCAACAACAGUUCGAAACUUAAAAAGAUUCGCUGCAAUCGGAGAUUACAUUUUACACUGAAAAUUAAGACAUUGAUCUUGAAAAGUAACAAAUCUGGGAGGUUAGAACAAGAAGGUAUAAAUCAGUGGUGUCCAAUCUUGGCAACUUUUAAGACUUGCAGAGAAUUCUGGGAGUUGAAGUCCGCAAGUCUUAAAAGCUGCCAAACUUUGAACACCCUUGGUACAAAGCAUCCUGAACUGAUAAAAACAUUUUCAGUAUUGCAAGGAGAACAACGUUGUACAAAGGUGUUACAAGGUCUGGGCUGAUUCUAUAGAGAAAUCUAGGACAAUAAAAACAGCCGGCUCUUAACAUUUUGUGAGUUGUAUGUAUUCCUUUGCUAUUGGCACUUGAUGGAAAUGAGAUGGCCAAAGUAGACACCUUGUGACUGAGGCUCCAUUUUUAAAGCACAUAUUGACAGAUCCAACUAGUAGACCACAAGAUGUUUGCAAGCCUUUGCAAAGGAGGAUUAUCAUUGUUCAUGGACUAUGUUAGCUCUCUCCUUCUUACUAAUGAUCAGAAGCAGCCGAUAGUUGGCAACGGUGAGACUUCUUGAGUUGU